UGUUGCAUUGAUAAAAUUCAUAAACUCUGAGAGCUCCGAAAAAUAUUUCAAGUUUUGUAUUAGAAGAGCAUAAGCUUGAUGGUAAAUCUAUUGACCUCGUGCUAAUUUAUAAUACACCGAAUACCCAUCUCUAUAUCUCAUCGUUUACACUCAAAACACUAGUUUUCUACACAAUUUUCACAUAUACUGAUAAGCUACUAAUUUUAAACCUAUUAAAUCGUAGAUGUCGCUGCGUCAAUAUAAAAACUAAAACUAUCUUUCCUCGAAUAUUUUAUCUAUCUUUUUUAAUGUUCUACUUUUAAUUAAAAAGAAAAUAAAAAAGCUAAUUAAAAUCUUAAGGAAGGUGUUUCUGGCGGUUAUUUUCUGAAAUCUCCAGUUGUAUAAUUUUGACGUAAAGUUGACAUAACCUUACCUACGUAUUGAUUUAGUUCUGACGUUUAUUUACGUCCAUUUCUAUCAAAAAUAAGUUGCAUAUGGGGGCUAUAUAAUGAUAAAGUGAAUUGGAGUUGCUAUUUUUGCUACAAGUUGAGAUUGUUUAAAAGUUACUUCAAGUCGAUUACAAAACUUUUCAUAAAGUAUGACACUGAUAGAAGGUAUAGGAGAUGAAGUAACCCAAUUUUUUAUUAUUUUAUUCGCCUUGGUUGUUUGUUAUAUUGCUUGGUGGACAACAAGUACAAGGGAACAACAACAAAUCCGGAUUUUUGUACUUAAUGGUAGACAAAGAAAUUACAGUCGGCUAUCAAGCCAUGUUCAAACUGCAUCAAUAAUGGAAGGGUCUCAUCUAGAAGAACUAAAUCAUCUAGAAGAAAUAAGCGAAAAUGAUUCAACCCCAACAGAAACGGAGACGGUGGUAGAUACUUUGGGCAAUGUGCAGAGUAAUCCUGAAACAUCUAGUACAACUGUCUCAAGUUCAGAGAACAGUCAAAGUAGUCAAAGUGAAGAUGAACCCUCUACAAUUUUAAGAAUGAUGGAUUUAUGUGUUAAUACGAUAAGGCAUAGGAGAACAGGAACAGAUAACCAGUCUAGGGAAAUAGCAGAAGCAACUGGAAAUACAUCUGACACAACUAUAGAAAGUUCUAAUGAACAACCUAAAGAAUGUAAUUCACAAGCUGAUGAAACUAAAGAAAAGGAUACCACAAUACAAGAUCAUACAUGUGAAACUAUUGUUGAUGGUGAUGAUACCAAUGAUAAUUCAAAAAUAAUUAUAAAGUUGAAGUUUCUUAAUGAUGAACUAAAACCUGUUGAUGGAAAGUUGCAAGAACAUUUAGGAGCCUUUAAAAGACGUCAUUUUGAAGCAGAAUUAUCUUCUAAUAAAGUAGUGCGCCUUAUUUUCAACGGACAAGUCUUGCAACAAGAUGAUGUUACUCUUGCUAGCUGUGGAUUAUUCGAUAACUGUGUUGUACAUUGUUUGAUACAUCAAAAAAAACCUUCACCAUUAGAAACAGGGGCAAACAAUCAAGAGAAUAGACCAGGUGUUCGAAACACAAUUCCAAGAUCUCAUAAUAGUGACAGUAACAAUCCUGUAAGAGAUUGGGAUCUGGGAAAUUUGUUAUUUUUUCUAAUAUCAUUUAUUCUUGUUACGGUGUGGUAUUUCAGAUAUGAAUAUGCUCACUUAUAUACUGUUACUGCCACAGUGGCACUAGUUGUAGUCACAGGCAUAUUCGCUGUGGUCAUGUUUGGAUUAUACUUCCCUGAUAGGGAACAGACAAUGCCCCAACCUAUACACUAAAUUGCUUUUAAAUGGCAAACAUUUUGAUUAUGUUGUGAAUAAAUAUUAUUACUCAUCUCUUACUAUGUACUAUAUUUUCUUCUGUUAAUAUGUAUUAAACUUUUAUGUUGCAGGAA